UUGGUACUCGACAGUUGAUAAAAGAUAGCGGUGGCUAAACAGAAGUCAGUACUCACCCGCUAUCCGACCUGUCGAUAGACAGGAGACCACAUCUCGUCUUCGUAGCUUUCAUAAUCAUACGUCGCGAGGACUUAUAUCAAAUUAUAAUUUUGUUUGAUUUAAAGGGAUGUGGAAGAAAACUAAAAGAUAUUUAGGGUGGCACGGUAUCGAUGAUAAAUAAUAAUAAUAAUAUUAAUAAUAAGGAAGAAAGUGGUGCUAGGGAUUAAACAACGGUGAUCGAGUGAAAAUGUUCAAAGGACAGGACUACGCAAGAUUCGUUUAUAUUGUUAAGAUUUAUCCGGAAGAACGGUUGACAAUCUUCGAUUUUCGAUUCUUCCUGAUAUAAAGAAAUCAAAGAAUAAAAAGAUAAUAAAUGAAAUUAAUAAUAAAUGUCGUGUGGAAUAACGACGAAUAGGAGGAAUUUGUUGAAUUCACCUGGUUGUUCAACGAUAGGUGAAAGAGUAAAAGAUCAAAUCAUGCACGAUGACAAACAGCGCGACUAGACUCGAUCAAGAUUGGAUGAGGAUGGUCGAAUUACGUACUGGCGUUGGUAUGACGGGAGGAUUGGACAGCCCAUCGUCGAGUCGGCUUCAUUAUAUGAUCUUAACGAUCUUCGAUACGAUCUUUUCAGCCAUAAUAGCUGCACCCGCGGUGGUCGGUUAUUGGAGAGGUACCUGGGGUUUAAGCGACACUUAUCUUUACAAAGACAAUAAAAACCUCAGUAGUUUCGUCUCGAUAGUGAUAGGCUUUACAGGAUUAUUCUUCUUCAGCAUCACACAACACCGUCUCAAUGAUCUUUUGCAUCCAGACAAACAUAGGUUGUCCUAUUACGCGGGAUCAAGAAUCUACACAGCUGUAUUUGGUUUUUGUUGUGUUAAUGCAUGGCGUGGCGCCUGGCAAGCCCUCGAUUUGUACAUGGGACUGGACCCAAUCAGCGUCUCCUUAACCACCGCGACCAGUCUUCUAGCGCUAGCGAUUAUGCGUGCCAUCAGAAAUGUUUCCGCGCCGCCCUUCUCCCUUAGCCUCGAUUCCUGUCCCGGAUACUUCGAAGUGCAGACUAUGUUUCGCGUAAACAAUACGAGGGGCUGGUCGUUGUACUUACUCGAUUGUGCGUUUAGUGUUGGGGUCGUUGGUACAUUGGUCGUAUUUGUUUGGAGAGGAGUAUGGAUUCUCUUUGAUAUUUAUCUUCUUCCAGAAAAUAGGGAAUACUCUGCUCUAGGUUCUCUCGCAAUCGGCUAUGUAAUAGUAGUCGUAACGUUUAGUUUACAACCCCUGAUGCGUUACGUUUGCGCACGUUUGGAUGGUCUCGCACGUCUUAUAAUGGCCGACUUAUUCCUCCUUCUUAGUUUCCUAGGAACUGUCAAUGUUUGGCGCGGUAUUUGGAACUUAUUAGAUCUAUGGCUCCUGCCAAAUAAUUUAGUAGUCUCCUAUUGGAUAACAUCGAUAGGUUGUUUCGUCUUUCUUCUAUUACUCAAUUGCAGUAAUUCCAUUCUCGUUCGUGGAGUUUACAUCGAUGCUGAAGAAGACGAAGGCAAAUGUGUUAACUUUCCUUGUCAUUAUCUUCGACUAUUUGUCAAGAUCGAACGUGAAAAAAAGGAAGCCAGAAAACGUAAUCUAUUAAGCGCAACCAAUAAUUUUGCUUCUUGUACCGAUGGAACCGGCAAAGAUGCUGAGAAUGGAUCACUUCUUCAAAAUACCACAUCUACUACGAUCAUUUCUGGAAAUCAUCCCGAAUCUCUCGUAUAAGAUUACUGCCAAAUCCAUCGAAUGCGUUCCUAGGAGUGGUAACGAAAAAAGAAAAAGAAAAGAGAAAAUAAAGCCCAUGGAAAAAAAGCUGGAUCGAUAAUAUGAUCGGAUUUACGCUUAAUAGAAAAAUGUACACGACCAAAAGGAUGAAAGGAAAGGAAAGGAAAGAAAGAAAGAAAUAAAUCCAAACUCUUUCAAUUAAUUAUUUCUAUUUAAUUUACCAAGAAAUAGAGAGUGUUAACGAGUCGUUAACUUCAAGUCAAGAAGAAGAAGAUGAAGAUGAAGAUGAAGAAGAAGAAGCAAGAGUGACAUGAUACAUUUUGUAAAAUCGUGGGCACAAUUAGCCAAUGGCAUAAAAUACUCGUCAUCGUUCUAAGUGAAAUUAAAAAAAAAAAAAAAAAA